AUGGCUUUCCGCUCGACGUCUGCGCUGCCGGGUCUGGCGGCUGCGACGACCGAGAUCUGGCCUGCGGUCUCCCAUGCGAUGGGGAGCCCGUGGAGAGUCUUGGGGCAGCAGAAGCGCUCUCCUGCAUCGGGGUCAAGUGGGCGACGUGCCCCAGAAGCCAAGGCCUUUUCGACUUCGGUGACGUUGGAGUCUUCCAAGGUCCAAUUGCCCGAGUGUCUGCGAGACUUUCCAACCUCGUUUCGCUCGACGCUGGCCUCUCGUAUGUCUUCCUCAAUGUCACAAUCGCCUUUGACCGUUCGCCAGAUGGCCGCCCCGAUGCCCACAGGCACCUUCCGAGCCGCGAAUCCGAUUGCCCGCCGCACACUCUCUUCGUUCCAAAGCCGCCAGAUGUCUACCGGACUCCUCCAAAAUCGAUUCCAGCCCGCAGAGAUCAGAUUUGGUGGGAUCAAUGGGCUGCAAAAGAGGACCUUAUUCGGAAACACUUCGUCUCAGAGCACACUCGCGCAUCUUGAGGAAACUGCCAACAAGAACCCGAAGAGCGCCAGUUCGCAAUAUGCAUUCUACCAGGCCUUGAUCCGUGCUGACAUGCCAGCCAUCGUUAUCGAGAGAUACCAGACCAACCAAUUCGCAACGAACAGCGCCUCUGAGGCCUUGUACCACCGGGCACUGGCAAUGCAAAAUGCUGGCCCAACUGUACAGCAAAGCACGCCCGUUGCCAACGCGAACCACUUCUCGGGACAGUCUACCAACCUUAGUAACAACCAGCUGCAGGCAAUCGGACAGGCAAUCGCGGCACAGCACCGAGGCGCUAACGUGGCCAUUUCUAAAGGAGCCAAUGGCGCCAGCGGCAGCAAGGAGACACCUCUCCAUGUCGUUGUUGAGGAAAGCAUCGCCAGCCAUCUCUUCAAAUGGGUCAAAUUCGUAUUCCUCUUUGGUCUCUUCACAUAUUUCAGCUUGGUCAUCGUAGCGAUGCUCCUCGAGGGCGUCCAGACGUUCAAGAAAGUGAGCGGAAAACACGACAACGAAGCCAAGGCUGAGCAUCAGAACGUGCGAUUCACCGACGUACACGGUUGUGACGAAGCCAAGGAGGAGCUCCAGGAGCUGGUCGACUUUUUGAAGAACCCGGACAAGUUCUCGACUUUGGGCGGCAAGCUUCCCAAGGGUGUUUUGCUUGUCGGCCCCCCCGGAACUGGAAAGACUCUGCUCGCACGUGCUGUUGCGGGAGAGGCUGGUGUCCCCUUCUUCUUCAUGUCUGGAUCUGAAUUCGACGAGGUCUAUGUUGGUGUGGGAGCCAAGAGAGUUCGCGACCUGUUUUCUGCUGCCAAGGGAAAAUCUCCUGCCAUAGUCUUUAUCGAUGAGCUCGAUGCCAUCGGUGGAAAGCGGAACUCGAGAGAUGCGUCUUAUGCCAAGCAGACCCUGAACCAGCUGCUCACCGAACUGGAUGGAUUUGAGCAGAACAGCGGCGUUAUCAUUUUGGGGGCCACCAAUUUCCCGGAACUGCUGGACAAGGCACUGACUCGUCCUGGGCGAUUUGACCGCAACGUUGUCGUUGGCCUGCCCGACGUCCGUGGCAGAAUGGCUAUCCUACAACAUCACAUGAAGAACAUUAUCAAGGGCAACGAUGUCAGUCUCGAGAGUCUGGCUGCUUCGACACCUGGCUGCUCUGGCGCCGAGCUCGAAAACAUCAUCAAUCAAGCGGCGGUUCAUGCUAGCAAAGCAAAGGCUCAGGUUGUGUCCAUGCUCGACUUGGAGUGGGCUAGAGAAAAGACCAUGUUUGGUGCCGAGAGAAAGAGCAUGUUCAUGACCGAAGAGGAGAAGGAGAUGACCGCGUACCACGAAGCGGGCCACGCCCUCGUCAUUAUGUUUUCCGAUUGCUUCGAUCCUCUUCACAAGAUUACGAUCAUGCCGCGAGGCCAAGCCCUGGGUAUCACCAUGCAUCUCCCUAAGAUGGACAAGUACUCUAAAGGCAAGAGAGAAUACCAAGCGCACCUUGACGUCUGCAUGGGGGGCAAGGUGGCUGAGGAGCUCAAGUUCGGACCUGACAAGGUGACUAGCGGUGUAUCUGGCGAUCUUCAAACCGCAACGCAAGUCGCAUACUCCAUGGUUACCAUGUUUGGCAUGUCCGACAAACUUGGCAAUGUCGACCUGGCGUCCAAUCACAACACCCUCUCAGCAGGUACCAAGCAGACGAUUGAAUCCGAAGUCCGCCGCUUGAUCGAGGAGGGCCGCGAGCGCGCUACAACACUCCUGACCAGCAAGCGCCAUGAGCUUGAUCUUCUCGCCAAGGCGCUCAUUGAAUACGAGACGCUCGAUAAAGACGAGGCAUUUAAGGUUAUCAGAGGGGAGAAGCUGACGGGGAAAAUGAAGGCUAUUCCCAAGGAACUUGUGAAGGUGCCCGAGGUGGUUGGGCCCAUCUCUGGUGGUGGCAUAUCCGAGCUCCCGCCUAUCCCUGGGAGUACGAAACCCGAGAGCAAUGGCCCGUCCCCGGGAGGACCUGUAGCGGUGUGA